CACCUGCACCCUUGUCACCUGCGGAAGCAAGCAGUUUGGACACCCAAAGUCAGUGGCGCAUUGAAGGAGCGUCCGUUUUUGGCUUCAAAUAAAGUCCUUCUCUGCCAACAGCGGGGUUUAUUGGCGCAACUGUGCGUGCUAACUUCCACAGUUCCGCUUGUUUGAUGAAGCGUCAGGUAAAUAGGAUGCAGCAAAUUGAAAGUCUAUCAUUCGCUGACAGACAAAACCACCUAGGUAAAUGUACCACCUUAAUAUAAGCUAUUAAAGAAUAAAAGCAAGCUCAGCAUCGAGCCUUGUGACUGCAAUUCAUCUUGCUAGUUUUGACUUAUCAAAGUCACAUCAGGUUAAACUAAAUGGUGCGUGAAACAAUUUUUAACCGCUUUUUUGGAGGGGCAGAUGGGCGGGGCUUUAGAGUGUAAAUACAGUGUGUAGUAAGGAAGCUGUCAAUCAUAGCCUAUUGUGUCACUCUUUAUGUUUGUGGCUGUUAUGAGAGAUUGUCUUUUGGGACUCUGAAAAUGGGAGAAACUGAGGCCAAAAGCUGCUUGUAGUCCGAAUGAAAUAUGAUAAAUAUCUGGGCGACUCCUGUCCAUGUUUAAUGUAUAGACAUUAAGUCAAUUUAUGGGUAGAAAUUCUGUCUUUAUUUGUGAUGUACUGAGUGUAAGUAAAUGACUCAAGAUGCUUUAAAUAAUCCCACUGGCGAGAUGGAUUGUUGAGUGGGCUUCCUGCCCUGCUGCGUCCAUGUUGACCAUGAUGUUAGAGGGAACGGUUCGUCUUUGUAUUAGUGUUUAAAUAAAGUCUGGUGGAGGACAGAUGAAGUGUGUGGGUGGGGCUUGUCUCCCAGCUUCAUAAACAGCAGGCACAGAGGAGAGCAAACGUACACCUGGCUGAGCCCCUCACCAACAUGUUCUUAGACAAGAGAGUGGUGGUGGUCGCCGGAGCCGGAGUUGCCCUUCUGGGCCUCUGCUACAAGUACUGGCCGAGGCCUGAGAUGCUGUAUCCAGUGGGGAUCGUGUCCAAGCUGAACAUACAUCCGGUCAAGUCGGGGAAACCAGUGUCGGUGAGCAUCGCGGAGUGCCUGAACACCGGCUUGAAAUGUGGCGAGCUGGGCGACCGGUGAGAGCUGUUUUUGUUUCAUUCACUGCCUUUUAAUGAGAGAGGAGGGUCGCAGAGGAAAGUGACUGUGAUGAUCGUGACGUCAAGUGUGCGCAGCCAUGAUGUGUACUUGUGAGGCGAGGUCAUGUAGGGUUGAAGGCUUUGGAAGUGAUGCAGGAGUGCACACAAGUUGACUCCCUGUUGCACUUAGACAGCUCUAAAGAGCCAGCAUUAAUAAAGUUGAGUGAUGGCAAUUGAGCCGAAGUGGGACCUGACAUUUUAGCGGUCGCUUUUAUCCAAACGGCAAACAGCAUUUAAGAACCUGUAAUACAGGAACGGAAUGACAAAAUGACAAAGUGUGACCCAAAUAUAGAAAAUAAAGUGUUCAUUUAAAUAUGUUUUUAGGAAAAUAAUUUCAGAUCCAGCUCUAUAUAGCAGCUGUUUGAUCAAAUAAAACCACAUUAUUACUUUCCAGCGACCCACUAUCAGAGCAACAUGUUCACCAGGAACAUGACUUUCACCACUGUGUAUCACCAGCCACAGCAUCUCAGGCUACAUACUAACUACGCUGCCUAACACCUGAACUGUAAUGUUUAAGCUGAAUAACAUUAAAUAAAACAAUACAAUACACAUGAAAAUACCUGAACCGUACUGACCUUUCAAAGAUUCUGUGUGCUGCAGGCAGUGGCUGGUGGUGACUGAGGAUGGCCACAUGGUGACCAGCAGACAGCAGCCCCGCCUGGUGCUGGUCUCGCUGACCUGUGAAGGAAGUCAUGUGGUCCUGAACGGACCUAACAUGGACGAGUUGAAAUUCCCAGUUAACCAGCCGGAAAAUAAAGUCAUGGACUGCAGAGUGUUCGGUGACGACGUUCAAGGCCGGGACUGUGGCGACAAAGUCACUCGCUGGCUUACUGACUUCCUGGCAGACGGGAGAACUUUUCACUUGGUGCGCUUUGAGCCCCAGAUGGAGUUACGGAAGCCAUGGGUGAAGAACAUAUCAUAUCGCUCCGUCUUUCCAAAGACCGAGAGGGUGAUGUAUUCGGAUAUCGGCGCUGUGAUGCUUCUGUCCGAAGCUUCCGUCGAGGAUCUCAGCAGCAAGUUGGGCAAACAGCUCACCGCCGAACGCUUUCGCCCCAACAUUGUCAUUGCUGGCUGUUGUCCUUUUGAUGAGGAUUCUUGGACUGAGAUCCAGAUUGGCGAUGUGCGGCUGCAGCGUGUUAUGUCAUGCGUAAGGUGUGUCUCGACAACGGUUGAUCCUGAAACAGGCAUCAUGAGCAGAAAGGAGCCCCUGGAGACAAUGAAGAGCUACCGUCAGUGCAAGGAUAAAUCGGAGGCGCACAUCUACCAUUCAGCUCCCUUGUUCGGGCAAGUCCACACAGUCAAGAAGACGGGCACCCUGCAUGUGGGGGACCUCGUCUUCCUGGUCACCCAUUAAAGCAGUUGGAUCUCUUUUAAUCUCAGCAAUCCACCAUGGAACAGAAGCUUUUUCAGCCUCCUAUGCUUUUUACUUACAGACUAGUUAAGAACUAGUCCCGAUGGCUUCAAUAAAUC